GACCAACAUAAUAAACGGUUUCGCGCCGACUCAUCGCGUACUUCCUUUCUUUCUUCUGCAUUUGGCAUUCGUUGUUGAAGGUCGCGUAUAGACUGUAGUUUUAGUUAUUGUUAAUUUUAGGCAUAAAUUUAAGUCAUGGCCAAUAACGACAAUUUUGCACAAGAUAUUACCACCGAAAAUCAACUAAAUGGAAAUGCAGAAAACGGUGGAGGAGAUGGACAAGAACAUAACAGUGCCGAAGCCCCCGGACGCGAUGACGACAGAAAACUAUUCGUGGGUGGCCUGAGCUGGGAGACCACAGACAAGGAAUUGCGUGACCACUUCAGCGCUUACGGCGAGAUCGAGAGCAUCAAUGUUAAGACAGAUCCCAACACUGGCCGGUCGCGGGGUUUCGCGUUCAUUGUGUUUAAGGCGCCGGACUCCAUCGACAAGGUGAUGUCUGUGGGCGAGCACACCAUCAACAACAAAAAGGUGGACCCCAAGAAGGCGAAGGCGCGACACGGCAAGAUCUUCGUCGGCGGUCUCAGCAGUGAAAUAUCUGAUGAUGAGAUCAAGAACUUCUUUGGAAACUUUGGCAAUAUAAUUGAAGUUGAAAUGCCAUUUGAUAAGACAAAGAACCAGAGGAAGGGAUUCUGUUUCAUCACAUUUGAGUCUGAGCAAGUGGUCAAUGAACUGUUGAAGACACCAAAACAGACCAUUGCUGGCAAGGAGGUGGACGUUAAGAGAGCGACGCCGAAGCCGGACGGUCCCGGAGGCAUGGGCGGGCGAGGCGGUCGCGGGGGCAGAGGCACGCGUGGCGGACGCGGCGGCCGCGGCGGGUACGGCGGCCAGCCGUGGGGCAACCAGGGCUACGGCGGCUACGGCUACGGCCAGGGUGGCUAUGGCGGUGGCUACGACGGCUACGGCUACGGUGGCUACGGAUACGACGGCUACGGGGGAUACGGCGGAUACGAUUACUCCGGAUACCCCAAUUACGACUACGGCGGGUACGGAGGGUACGAGGGCGGGUACGGCGCACGACCGGCUCCGCGCGGGAAAGCAGGGUACCAGGGCGGCAAGCAGCGCGGCGGCGGCGGUGGCGGCGGCCGUGCCAACCAGAGGCACCAACCCUACUAGACCACAGUACCUGCCAAUCAUCUCAGUCCAAUAGUGUAUAGUUAAUAGUGAGGUUAAGCACACCGGUCAUGAGCGACCCCUGCGCAAGUCUCGCCUCGCCGCGCAGGGGCCGCGUCAUUUCAUUCCACAUUUAAUUUAAGAGAGUACUCUUUUUAAGAUUUUUUAAGGAUUAAAAUACUGUCGUUGCGAAGCUGCCGCAUUCGGUGCAAGUCGCAUAAAUUUAAUAUAAUAUAAUAUGAAAUAUAGAUUCACUUGAGUAUUAUUACUAAUUGAUUAGAUUUUGACAUAGUGUUUGAAUCUUACCUUUCGUACUGAAUUGUAGGAGUAAUUAAUAAUGAUAUAAAAGUUUAUAAAUCAUCAGUCCCGUGUGUCGGCGAGUCAAUUGCAUAUGUGUGCGUGCGUGUUUGUGUGUGUGCGUGCGUGCGUCCCCCCCCCCUUCAUGUCCCUCCCAGUCCCCCGGCUCCCCGCAGACAGUCUUAUGUUCGGAUCUCAUUGCAAUAAUGUACUUUUGUAUUUGAUUCGGGAAAGGAAGAACUUCAAAAUCAUGUAUUUUGUACAAACUAUGUGUUUUUCUUCCAUUGAUUAGAGUUGAAAUUAAACUUUUAGAUUAAGUAUUUGGACAUGAACAAACACUGAGAUAUACCAAGUUGUAUGUCGUAAUUAAAUCUGUAAAUAAACGAUAUUGACUUUU